UCAUCUUCAUCAUCUUCAUCAUCUUCAUCAUCUUCAUCGUCCUCCUCCCUCUCAGCUCUCCCCUCAUGGCGGACCCCUCCAAGUCCUCUCAGAAGGCCAAGAAUGUGGUCCUGGCGCUGCUGGCGCUGUGGUCCAUCGUGUCGCUCGUGGUCAUCGUGGUGUGGGCGACGUCUCCGGACCUGAAGAGCUCGGCUCAGUGCCGGCUCGAGCUGCAGGACACCCGCGAGAAGCUGGAGGGCGCCAAGGUGGUGUGGGGGCAGGACCGGGUGGCGCUGGAGGAGAAGGUGGAGGAGGAGAGGGAGCAGCAGGCUCGCCUCGCGGCCGGCAACCUGCUGCUGCUGGGACGCCUGAACGCCACCAACGCCUCGCUGGAGGCGUGUCUGCAGGAGAACGACGUCCUGAGCCGGAACCUCAGCCUCCGUGAGGAGGAGGCGGAGCAACUGCUGCAGCGCCAGAGCAACCUCACCACCCAGCUGGGCCUGAAGGAAGAUCUCAUCGACGCCCUGCAGCAGAACCUGACUCAGACGUCUCAUCAGACCGAGUCCUGCUUCAGUCUGAAGCACGCGGCUGACAGUCAGAUGGUUGCAGCUCAGAUCCAGACCCGAGCCUGCGAGUCCAACAAGCAGUACCUGCAGAAACAGCUUCUCAAGUGUAAAGCUGAUGAUGACUCUCAGCAGACGACACCGGAGCAGAACCAGGCCUCCACUGACAAGAAGAAGAAUGCUGCCCCCCCCCUGGCUGCUGUCCCGGCGCUGACGCUGUUCUUCUACUUCGCUCUGCAGCUGAUAACCUGAGCUCUGUGUUCCUGAGUCUGAGAGUACUGUGGUCCAGGACAAAAGGGGGCGGAGCCUGGACAAACCUAAUGACUGCUGUACAAACUUCCUGUCUACACAACAAACAGAUCGCUAUGGAAACGCUGACUGGACACAAACUUUGCUUCAAGUGGAAAAGCUGCGACGUUAAUGAAUUAUUAACGUUUCACUGAGAUCUCGGUUUCACUUCCUGUUGCUGGUUUCUACUUCCUGCUGCUGUUGUCCACUUCCUGCUGCUUGUUUCCACUUCCUGCUGCUGGUUUCUACUUCCUGCUGCUGAUUUCUACUUCCUGCUGCUGGUUUCCACUUCCUGCUGCUGGUUUCUACUUCCUGCUGCUGGUUU